AGGCAUGUGGGAUCUUAGUUCGCCCACCAGGGAUGGAACCCUGCACUCCCUGCAUUGGAAGGUGAAGUCUUAACCACUGGACAGCCAGGGAAGUCCCUAGCAAUCUUGUUUUAUGGGAGAGGAAACUGAACCUAGAAAGGCAAAGUGACUUUUCUGCUUCUCUCAGCUUUAUUUCUCUUCGUCCUCUGAAAUGUAGAGCCAUACAAUUCAGUUCAAAGCAAUUCUGUGCAGUGGAUAAGCUUUUUGUUGUUUUUCUGAACAUUUUUUUUUGACUUUCAGCUUUUUUUUUUUUUAAAUAAAAACAGUACAUGCUCGUUGUAAAGACUUCCGUUAAUACAGGAAGUGAAAAAAGUAAAAACUGCAAAUUGCUGUCAUCCUCCUGUCCUUACCCUUUGAGUCCUUAGGGGUGUCUCCUGUUAACAUUUUAGUGGUAUUCAUCCUGACCUAUCUGAUGAACCCACAAAUAUAUAUGUCCCCCCCCCACAGGAUUAUAAUAUCAAUGAUUCAGGCACAAACUUUAGAAUCAGACAUACCUGGGUUCUAAUCCCAGUUUAUAGCUAAUUAGCUGAGUGGCCUUGUUACUUGACCAGUUUUAGUCUCAAUCUCCUCAUGUGUAAAAUGGGAGUAAUAAUAUCUUCCUUAUAGGACUGCAGUGAAGAUUUAAGGAGAUUUUGUAUGAAUGGCACUCAACUACCAGUGCCCGAUACACAUCAGCAGCAGUUGCUCUUGCGAUCACCCAGCCCCUCCGUGGGGGCUCCUGCCCAGGAUAAAAAGGGCAGGAGGCAGCCCAGUCUCCCGUCUCAUCUCCUGGGCGCCGCAUCUCUCGAUUCCUUCCUGGGUCCCACCUCUGUGGAAGAGCCCAACGAGACAACAUGCCUCCCAAGAAGCCUGAGCCUAAGAAGGAAGCGCCCAAGGCAGCCUCAGCCCCAGCCCCGGCCUCGGCCCCACCUCCCGAGCCUCCCAAGGAACCUGCCUUUGAUCCCAAGAGUGUAAAGAUAGACUUCACUGCUGACCAGAUCGAAGAGUUCAAAGAGGCCUUUUCAUUGUUUGACCGGACCCCGACUGGAGAGCUGAAGAUCACCUACGGGCAGUGUGGGGACGUGCUGCGGGCCCUGGGCCAGAACCCCACCAACGCCGAGGUGCUGCGCGUCCUGGGCAAGCCCAAGCCGGAAGAGAUGAACACCAAGAUGCUGGACUUUGAGACGUUCCUGCCCAUCCUGCAGCAUAUCUCCCGCAACAAGGAGCAGGGCACCUACGAGGACUUCGUGGAGGGGCUGCGCGUGUUUGAUAAGGAGAGCAACGGCACGGUCAUGGGCGCCGAGCUUCGCCACGUCCUCGCCACCCUGGGAGAGAAGAUGACUGAGGCUGAAGUGGAGCAGCUGUUAGCAGGGCAGGAGGAUGCCAAUGGCUGCAUCAAUUACGAAGCCUUUGUCAAGCACAUCAUGUCUGGGUGAAGCAGACCCCUCCAGGGUGCCUGGCCCAUGGCCUUAGCCCAGGUGAGUUAACGAGAGGCCCAGAGUGACUGAGCUGGAGUUGGAGUCCUGGACUCUCCACUGCACCGCAGCCCCGAGGACCUCAUGGACCCAUAGCCCUCCCCGUAAAUAAACAGCUCCGGCAAGGUUGUGCCGAGUUCCCUGAUUCCAACCAGUCUCUGAGUUGCUUUUUUAAA